GAGAAAUCGCAAUUCCUUUUUGCUGCUGGGGGGAACCUGGCCCUGUGUGGCAGAGCGCGCCGAGUCUCACGGGAUGUCGCGUGCCGAAUGUUGAUGCGGGAGACCGUACGUACGGAGUACGAAGUACAGAUACGGAUACAGAAUAAUAAUUGUUGAUGAUGUUUGCGGUUGUGAACGGCUAGAUGCUAUCUGCCGUAUUUUCUGUUAUUGUUGUUGCUCUUCCUGUCGAUGCCAGACUGCGACCUCACCCCAAAGAAGGAUGAACUGAUUCGACUGCCAGGUAGUCGUAAGCAACGUCGCGAGACCCAAUGUGUAAGCUGGGCCGCGGAAUGCGACCAUAAAGGUCUACCAAGGUCUGUACACAGGUACCGAUGGCUCCACGAUAGGCAUGGCCGAUGCCGACACCUCUUUUUUUUUGGUUCUUCUAUCCGCUUUUUGUGGCCUAGGAACCUGGUCACCAAAGAGGGUCUUGACCGUUGCUGCAGUUCGCCGGAGAUGAUGUGGGGGGUUCAUGUACGAUAUCAACGGGAGCAUAAGGGGGGGAAACCAAGGGUUUUCUUGGAUUUCUCGAGUUCGGCCGAGAGCCUCAGAGAAGAAGAUUUCGCCCGCGACAUGCUCUCGUCUUCUCACAAGCGUCUCCCUUCUCAGACCAGUGGUUCGAUCGCAGCGAAUAAGACCGCCAGACGAGAACGGCUGAGCCGAAUUUGCUGAAUAGACGCCCUGAGAAUGCACCCGUGUGAUUUGGGCUAUGUUUUGUGGCUGACGCCAAGAGUCUUCGAUGGUGAGGAUGUACGGGUGCAAGCUCCUCCUCCCGCUAAAUCAGUGAGCGGGAAUCCUCGAAUAAUCAGCUGAGAGAGCCCAUCGCCCAUUGUGGCUCGGCUG